ACCAAGAUAACGUUCAGUAUUCACAGAUCAUUGCUACCGCGGAUAAUGGCAUUUUAUUUAGAAUUUUUAAUAAUAUUCUUUGUUGGAAUUCAUUUCACAACAACAAUGGAAUCCAUAGAAUACAAACCUCCGGAAUAUCCAACAAAUUUGCUGGACAAAAAUUGGUCGGAACGUAAAAUCAUAUAUUGGGGUGUAAGUGAAGAAUUCCUGAAAAGGGUGCAUGAUUUGGAUGUCUUUGAAGAUGACGUCUGGUUGGUGACUCUGCCGAAAUGUGGUACAACAUGGAUGCAGGAGUUGUUGUGGUUGGUUUUAAAUGAUUUCGAUUUUGAAAAGGCUAAGGCGGAACAUUUGGAAAUUCGAUCGCCGUUUUUGGAAUUUGAUUAUAUGGUAAAUGCAGAUAUGAAAACAGCAUUUAAACCCAUAGAGAGUACGAAGAGACCUCGUUUGAUAAAGACACAUUUGUGUCUACCUCUGUUGCCACGACAAUUAUGGAAUAAAAAGUCGAAGAUUGUCUAUGUGGCGCGCAACUUAAAGGAUGCCAUUGUCUCCGACUAUUAUCACAUGCGUAAUUUUGAUUCGAGUGAAGAUCAAGGGCUCGAACAGUUUGUUCGAGGUGAAAUUGAAAGCACUGAUGAUACGGACAUGAAAUUUUUCCAUUUAACUGAAUUCUAUGCACUACGUAAUGAAUCUUGGAUAUUUUAUACAAGUUUUGAACAAAUGAAAAUCAAUUUACGCCAGGUUCUGUUGGAUGUCUGUCGAUUUUUGAAUAAAACAAUUGACGAUGCAACUAUGGCGAAAAUGUUGAAACAUUUAUCUUUCGACGAAAUGAAAAGGAAUCCCAAAACAAAUCAUCUGUGGGAAUUUCAGCAGAUUCGUGAUAAAUACGGAAUGGAUCAAGAAAAACCUGAAUACAAUUUUGUACGCAAGGGAAAAGUGAAUGCCUACAAAGAAGAGCUGUCCAAGGAAAUGGUUGGAAAACUAGACGAUUGGAUGGAUGUAAAUCUGAAACGUUACAAUACAACGUUGAAUGAAUUGUUGCUUUUAGAUAAUGAAACGAAAGCCUAGAUUAAUUUGGUUAAAUAAUAUUUUUUCGCACCGAAAUUUAUACUUGUUCAACCUACGCUUCUUUGUUCUUUUACGAAAAAGCCUGCCAAAAAGCGAAUACAUUCUUUAAUUGCUUAAGUCGUUGACUGGCUUUUUUGUGUUGACUCAAUUAAAUUUUCUUUUACAAAGAAGCCAGCCAAUGACUUAAGCCAAUAAAUAAAGUUUUUUUUAUGUAUCUGCACCUUCACACAUAAUAGAUGCCGCUUCUCUCUCACUGAAACCUUAAAAAUACUAAAAAUUGGCAUGAAAUCAAAUUAGAACUCACGAAAACAUCGCCCAAUUAAAUACUUACACUAGAAAAUUAUUAUCUUGACGGAUUAGAGAAAAUUUCAUCUUCUAAUACAGGGUGAGAUAUAAAAAACUGCAACAAAGUCAAAUGCCAUAAUUUUUACAUUUCUUUUUAAUUUUAUUGAAUGACAGCAAAAAUGGUCGGCAUUAAGAAUAAGUUUAAAUUUGUUCGAAUUGGUCACCUUUGGCAUGAAUUAUGACCUUCAAACGGCCUAUGAAACCGCCGCACGUUGCCCAAAUGUUGCUCUGCGGUAUUUUGGCCCAUUCCCGGCGAAGCGCUUGCUUGAGGUGAUCGACAUUUUGGUAUUUUUUAGUGCCAACCUUGAUUUUGGAAAGCAAGCAGACACAAUAGUCCAACGGAUUGGUAUCCGGAUAUUUUGGUGGCCAUUGUGUGGUGGAAAUGAAGAGAGGAACCUCAUUUUGUAACUAUUCUUGGUUGGCGCAUGCUGAGUGCGAUGGUGCUGAGUCCUGUUGAAAUGUCCAAGGUCUGCGGCCAAAAUGUUUGCAUGCCCAAGGCCUUAUUACACCAUCCAGAAUAUUUUCGUGAUAAUAUUCGGCAUUUAUUCUGAUGCCACUGUCGAUUAAUACGAGCGGAGAGCGACCAUCGGCUGUUAUGGCGGACCACACCAUCACCAUGGCCGGUGAUUGACUUCUGGUGGCCAACUGAAGGUGCACAUUUUCAGCUGACGUCUUUGGCAAGUAAACACAAUCAUUUUGUUUGUUUACAAACUGCUGGAUAACGAAUGUUUUCUCAUCGGAGGAAACCAAAUUCAGCAGUUCACCACAUUGGGCCAAGCGAAGCAACUCUUUAGCUUUUUUGAGGCUAUUUUCUUUCGGUUUCUGUUGCAGUGUAAGUUCUUGCACUUUUUGGAAUUUCAAUGGCUUUACCUCGAUCUCAUUUUUCAAUAUUUGCCGAAUGGAAUAUUGCGAUAUGCUCAGCUCACAUACCAUUUUCGGCCACUGCGACUCGGGUUUCGAUGAAGUCGCUUCUUUACUUUUCGAACCAUUUCUGCUGAUGUUCCUGUUUUCUUUCGUCCACUUCUUUGACGUCGGGCUACGCAACCAGUGCCACGGUAACGAGCGAUGGUACGAGACACAAAAGAUUUAUUCACAUUUAAACGCUGGAGUGCUCUAACGAUAGCCACUUGCGGUGUUCCAGCCAAAUAUAAAGAAAUCACGCUUGAAUUCCGUCACGAAUAACUUUUUUCUGGAAAAUUCUCACCAACAUUUUGUUGAACGCUUGUAAACAAUAUAAUGAGCUGUCACUGCAGUAAUUUUAACAGCUUUCGGACGAGUGG